UUGCCAGCUAACAGGUACAUAGGGAGAAAAGUCUUUAUUUCAGUCAACAAAGGCCGCCCUGAUACGAGGUGAAAUGAGUUCACCGUUUGGCUGUAGCGGCUCUAGUUUGUGCCUUGUGUUUGUCGCUAGAUGGCAGAAGCAGUCCAGUUUUCUAUCUAGGGGAUUAACGGGGUCGUGCACCGUGCUGCAGCAGCCUGGACUAUUUGUAAUAUAACAUCAAGUACAAACCAUGAGAUGGCAUUCAAAGGCAACGCGGUCGACUCGAAGACCGUGCUCUUCAAUCUUCUGCUGUGUCUACUCAUAUUUUACUCUCUUUUCUACAUGAUUGGGAGUGUUUGCUUCGGUGCCUUCAGGUUGGAUCACUUUGACGGACUGAUUCCAUUUGACUUUAAGACCGAACCUGCCGAAUCAAACUCCAAAUACUUGGUGAACCUCCUGUCCUUGGAGCUCACCUACUUUUGCAGUGGCCUUUUGUUUGCUGCAGUGGUUAGGAGGCGGGUGUGGGACUACGCCCUCACCGUCACACUUCUGCACGUAAUGAUUACCAGCCUAGUGAUGUUGGAGUUUCCGACAGUGUGGCAGUGGUGGCUUGCUUUAGGUAGUGGCUUGUUUCUGAUGAUCUGCAACGGUCAGCUGAUAGCGUACUUCACCUGCCAGAGUGACCAGAGCUACUCCUCAUUCAGCAUCUACUGACAGUGUCACACUCUGUAUGAA